AUGUUUUCCGACCUUGUCGCGCAGAAUUCCGACUCUUCGGAAAGUCGUGGUGGUGGACAGGGCGAGGACGGCAGUGGUCACAUUACCGCCAUCUCCUUCUAUGGGCGCGCUUGUACGAACUGCCACGCUGUAAAAUGCAGAUGCGAAUAUCCAGCUGAAAGCGGAAGUUGCCUGCGACUGAGUCGUGCUUUCGACUUUGAUAGAUGCCGCCGCUUGGAUAAGGAAUGCCGACCAACUAUGCCAGUCCGAAGGCGGCGUGUACAGAAAGAGUCGCGAUCUAGGACCGCCAGACUUGAAAGGCAGUUGAGUGAGUUGAUGGCUUUGGUUGGUACUACCAACAGAAUAGGUUCUGGAGAGAGCCUAGACCUCACAACUUCUACCGCUACUGCUUCCGUGUGUUCUCAAACCUAUUACUCCACACCUAUCUCUCAUACGGCCACAUCAAUCGGGGUACCAAAUGACUCCGGUUUCCAGCAAACACCUAACCAUGUCCCUAGCAUAACUGACGAUGGCCAAGUCGUUUACCUCUCUGAUAAUGAAAUGGAAGCAAGCUUCACACGUUUUCGGCUUUCUAUAUUACAAGGAUUUCCAUUUAUCUACAUAGCCCAGGGAGUUGACCCAGCACAAUUUCGUCGCCAAUACCCCAUGGUUAGCCUCUGCAUUAUCUUCAUUACAAGCUCGGACUUGCAGCGGAAGGUGGCCAUGGGAAAGACUAUCUCUGAGACACUCACAAAGAAGAUCAUCAUCCAGAGACGUGCCAAUAUUGACCUUCUGCUGGCAUCCAUCUGUUUUACAGGCUGGUUGGUGACAGUGCUCUAUUCAUCUUUGAUGCUAAACACGCAGGCUGAUGAAAGUGAUAGGAUCCACCAUAAUGGAAGACCAGAAAUGUUGACGGCCUGGGUACAGCUCACCCUAACAGUCGUAUAUGAUAUGAAACUCAAUGUGAUUAAGCUGGACUCAAUGCUGCUUCGAAGGGCACUCCUUGGCGCCUUCAUUCUGGCAUCUAUUGGAAAUCAGAACGAGAGUAGUGUCCAGGCUUUGAAAUGGACCUCGGUGAUGAACGACUCACUUGCCAUACUCGCUGAUACACCGGAGUGCCCGGGCGAUAGAUUGCUGGCUGCACAAGCCCACUGCCACCUAAUUCUUCAAGAUUUGCUAUUUACAAGCCCGUUUCUUGGACAGCAUGGGACUGAAGUUGAAUAUAACCCCACCAAACAGAUGUACCGGCAAGAAGCGUUGUCGCGCCUCCAAAAGGUCAAAACUGCGUUUCAGAUGGAGGCAGCUUGCAACACCGUCGUGGCUAUGACGAUUCUUGCGACGGAGCAGGCCAUCUUCUCUGCCGCGGUAGGCACUUUCGGCGACUAUCAACCCCCUGAAGUGCAAAUGCAGAUCAUCUCAAACUUUCAUCGAAGCCUGUUGGCAGUCAGUGGGUGGUUUCGCACAUUUCUCCCGCUUGGUGCCCUCGCGUUCACAACUCUCCCGAUCGCAACUUUUGUGCAGCUCUCGUCAAAUGCUGACACUCUGUUUUCCCUCACUACUUUUGACAACCCUUUGUGGGAUACAGAACUGGUCUCGCAGACAGUUGAUGUGUUCGCCACCCUGGAUACGGUUGCGCACAUGCUCAAGUCAGUCCCUGGGAUCCUGGGACAGUCCGCUGUGCCGAAUGACACACCUCCGGGAGAGAUGGAUGUGAUCACUGUAGCAGUAGAGAACAUUAGAGAGCAGAAGAAGGGUUGGGAGUCCGUUGCAGCUGAAAAGCGAGCACUCCGGGCUUUACUUGACGAGAUAUGGGGCCACAAUAUGCCGUUCAAUGCUCUGGAUCUUGAAGGACUUCAACGAGAAGGCCCGGAGUCAAAAUAG